CAUCCAUCCAUCCAUCGGUGGGCCCUGUGCAGAGCAGCAGAGCGCAGAAACCUUCCCUGCUGUCCGCCGGUGCCGUGCAGACGCUGCGCUAGAGGAGAUGCGCCAUAGCGGAGGCUGCUGAUGCUGCUGAUCUUUGCGUCUUGAGCAUCAUCGCCGCGACGGCUAAAGAGAGAGAGAGCAGGCGGAGGGGGAGUCAGGAACACGGCAGACAGGACAGCAGAGGAUGGAGUUCAAGCAUCUGGUGGAGGCGGCGGAGAAGUGGUGCUCCGGGAACCCGUUCGACCUGAUCUUCGCCGAGGAAAACGACGAGAGGAGGCUGGACUUCUACGCAGAGCCCGGGGUGUCUUUCUAUGUGCUGUGUCCCGGCGGCACCGACAGCUUUCAUGUUUGGAGCGAGAGCGAGGACUGCCUUCCCUUUCUGCAGCUGGCCCAGGACUACAUUUCCUCUUGUGGGAAGAAGACUCUGCUGGAGGUGUUGGAGAAAGUCUUUACGUCCUUCAGGCCUCUGCUAGGUCUUCCAGACAUCGAAGAUGACAGCUUUGAGCACUACCACGCUGACAUGGAGGGGGAGCCUGGGCCCGACCACCAGCAGAUGGGGGUCAGCCAGCAGUGAUGAUCCAAGCAGAGGACGCCCCAAAAACCUGCUCCAGAAGACUUGGGCCUUGAUACCUUAGCUCACCUAACAGCACACACUCUUGCAAACCUAUAGUAGACAUGCUGAAAUAUCACCACCUUGUUCUUGAAUGUUUCAGUGGCUUUGCUUUCCAAAGAGUGCACUUUGUUGACCUUCCUCUUCCUUUU